AUGUCCGUUGUAGAAGAACAAAACCAAGUAGUUGUUGAAGAAACUGCUCCUACUGAAGAAGUUGAAGUUUCUGAAGAGGCCAAGACCGAGGAAGAACAACAAGUUGAAGAAGAUCAAGCUGAACGUUUGAAGAGACAAUCGGAGAUUGAUUCUCGUUCUAUUUAUGUUGGGAAUGUUGAUUUCCAAAGUACUCCAGAACAAUUGGAACAUUUCUUCAAUGUCGUGGGUGUUAUCAAAAGAGUAACCAUUUUGUUUAACAAGUUCACUCGUUUGCCUAAGGGUUAUGCUUAUAUUGAAUUUGAAAAUGUUGAAUCUGUUGAAAAAGCUAUUUCCGAUUUGAACGAGAAGAUUUUCAGAGGUAGAGAAUUGAGAAUAACCACCAAAAGAACCAACUUGCCUGGGUUCAACAAAAGGGGUGGUUACAGAGGUAGAGGUAACUUCAGAGGUAGAGGUAAUUUUAGAGGAAGAGGUGGAAGAGGUGGAAGAGGUGGAAGAGGUGGAAGAGGUGGAAGAGGUGGAUUUGCUAAUGGAAGUUCCCCAGAAAGUGCAGAUGCUCCUGUCACAUCUGAAGCCCCUGCUACCAAUAGUACAGAAACUGGUUCCGUUGAAAACUAG